AUCCCAUUUCUUUCGGGAGGGCUGAUGUCACUUCAAAACUUCUCUCCAAGUCCGCGCGGCGAGUUGCUCGCCUCCUCUUGUCCCGUUCAGUCCUCCCCGUCGUGUGUUGGAGAGUAUUCCUAAAACUACCGGAGGGGAAUUCAACCAGCAGACCAACACGAACCUGUCCUCUGGAAGCAGAGCAAGGGGAUUCGUUGCUUAUCUAAAGAGCAGAACGCCUACGGGACCAGAGCCCCUCUUCUCUGCGGGCGAAGGCGGCUGAUUUUCUCUUUUUUUUUUUUUUGUUGAUUUUUUUCUUUCUCUAAAAACUGCAGCAGCAGCAAAGAAAAGAAAAGAAAGAAGAAAAAACAAUGAACCGGAGCUUUAAUAAGUCGCAGCCGCUGCGAAAUGCAGAUUGUAACGCGGUGGAAGUGAAGAGCAAGUAUGGGGCAGAGUUCCGCCGGUUCUCGGUGGACCGGGUCAAGCCCGGCAAGUUUGAGGAGUUCUACAAACUUAUUCUGCACAUUCAUCGCAUCGCCAACAUGGAGGUGAUGAUUGGCUACGCCGACAUCCACGGAGACCUGCUGCCGAUCAACAACGACGACAACUUCUGCAAGGCGGUGUCGACGGCUCACCCGCUGCUCAGGAUCUUCAUACAGAGACAGGAAGAGGUCGACUAUGCUAACUUUGGCACCAACACUAUAACACGCAGGAAGAAAGCAGUGGUUGCACUGCGCAACAACGACAUCAACCGCAAACGGCCACACAUCCGCAUCGGCAUGCCCCAGGACUUCCGGCCCGUCUCCUCCAUUAUUGAUGUGGACAUCCUGCCGGAAUCUCACCGUCGUGUCCGGCUGUAUCGCCACGGCUCAGACAAGCCUUUGGGUUUUUACAUCCGAGAUGGAACCAGCGUUCGUGUGACACCACAUGGGCUGGAGAAAGUCCCAGGCAUCUUCAUAUCCCGGAUGGUGCCUGGAGGGUUGGCGGAGAGCACAGGGCUGCUCGCGGUUAAUGAUGAGGUGCUGGAGGUGAACGGCAUUGAAGUGACUGGGAAGUCCUUGGAUCAGGUAACGGAUAUGAUGAUCGCCAACAGCCACAACCUGAUUGUGACGGUCAAGCCAGUGAACCAGCGCAAUAACGUGGUCCGCAGCAGCAGGAUAUCGGGCAGCUCGGGCCAGUCGUCUGAUAGCAGCGGAUCCACUGGUUAUCCAAGUUUGUCAGUGGCCUCAGUGGGGGUGAGGUCCUCGGUAGCACAUGGGUACCAAGACGACCUGGAGAGCGACGAAGAGGCAGAUAUCGUCAUUGAGAGCAGCCUCAAGCGGCCGUCUCAAAGGUCAAAUGCUUCCCUGGCAUCCAGUGUCUCUCGCACGCAUCAGCAGACGCCGCAAACGGUUUCAGGCCUUGCGUCACCUCCCAGCCCCCCCACGCGUCGUUCAUCAAUGGUCUCCACUGCCUCCUUCCGCUCCCAGCCGAGCCUCAACGGAGGGUCCCACCAACACCAACAACAACACAGUAGCCUCAGCUACCAGCUCCACAGAGACCUGAACCUUCAGCACAGCCUGCACCAACAGCCCCAGCACAGUCACUAUGUACAGCCUCCGCAUCACAGCAGCAACCCCGCCCUCCGUCACAGCAACGGCAGCCUGCACAAAAUCCUCAGCUCCCUGAAAACGGACCCACGGCACAGUCUUGCACUGCCCAGGGGAGGAGUGGAGGAGGACGGCACCGUCAUUACCCUAUAAUACUCAAAAUCACACCCAGAGACACGAACAUCCCAAACUGCUCAAAGACUUAAACUGGACACACCGGUCCGAAAAGAUAUGAGUAUUAGUGGCUUUUGUCACAUAUAAAUUGAGUAACUCCUGUUUGUUUUUGAAAGAUUAUUGAUUAUAGGAAGUUGCAAGCCUGGAAUCAAGGAAAUUGUAUAUAUUUCUUGCAUUUUUAAGGUUGUUUUUGUCUUGAAAAAAUGUGUACGUAUGUAUGUAAUAAGCAUCAGAACAAAUAACAUUUUUUUAGGCGAGUCCACUGUAUCCUAGAGUUCUGAAUGUGCCCGCAGCACGAGAUCUCCUGUUAGUGACCACUUUUAUAAAGACCUUUCAUUCUUAUUAAUGGGACCAACUUGGGGUUGCUUAUGGAUGUUUUUAAAGAGUAAAUCUAUAUUUCUUAUAUUCUGAUAAAUGAUAAAUGUGUAGAGUAUGAUUUUUUUUUAAUAGUUCUUUUAUGCAUUGAUGAUUGUGAUCAAAUCCUUGUAUCUGCUCCAAUAAAUUAUUCUGUCUCACGA